GCUACCGAGUAGAAAGGAGAAGAGGCGCAGCAGAUGCCUUCGACCAGCCCAUGGUAAUCGGUGGAGGAAAUGACAAAGCGAAUAAAGCCAACCCAUGUGAGUCAGCCAUGGCCACUUCCGAUCGUGGUAACUUGUUCCAUCUGCUCCCCUCAUGUGGACGCUUAUGGCUUCGUUUCCUGCUCACACCCUGCAAGCACUAUAAAAGGACAGGUGACAGCUGAGGUAGAGAUCACAGGUCGCAUGUUGACAAACCUGUGUGCAGAAUCCAGUUAUAAGAUGAGAUCGCUCCCGCGUCACGUUCCUUUCCCCUCCUUCUUCUUCUUCCUUAUCCUCCUCCUGGUUGUGGUGAGUGCUGCAGCUGGUGGAGGGGAAUGGAAGCUACUGCAACACAGCAUCGGGGUGUCUGCGAUGCACAUGCAGCUCCUGCACAACGACCGUGUUGUCGUCUUCGACCGCACCGACUUCGGCCCCUCCAACCUCUCUCUCCCGGACGGCAGGUGCCGCAACGACCCCAACGACAAGGCUCUCCCCGUCGACUGCACCGCCCACUCCGCCGAGUACGACGUGGUCGCCAACGCCUUCCGACCGCUCAUGGUCUUGACCGACACCUGGUGCUCCUCCGGUUCCGUCGCCCCCGACGGCACCCUGGUCCAGACCGGCGGGUUCAACGAUGGCGAGCGUGCCGCACGUACCUUCCGUCCUUGCGACGACGGCAGCUGCGACUGGGUCGAGACCGCCCAGGCGCUUGCCGUCCGCCGGUGGUACGCCACCAACCAAGUCCUCCCUGACGGCCGCGCGGUGGUCGUCGGAGGCCGACGCCAGUUCAACUACGAGUUCUACCCCAAACCCGAUCCUUCCGACAUGAGCACCAUCGCAUUACGCUUUCUCCAAGACACAAGAGACGACGUGGAGGACAACCUCUACCCUUUCGUCCACCUCAGCAUCGACGGCAACCUCUUCAUCUUCGCCAACAACCGCGCGAUCCUGCUCGACUACUCCAAGAACACGGUGGUGAGGACAUACCCAAAAAUGCCCAGUGGAGAGCCCAGGAACUACCCGAGCUCGGGCUCGUCGGUGCUGCUGCCGCUGAAGCCGUCGCCGACAGAGGCCGAAGUGCUAAUCUGCGGCGGUGCACCGGCGGGGUCGUACUCCCAAGCGUUGCAGAAGAAACGCUUCCUCCGAGCGCUGGACUCAUGCGGGAGGAUCAAGAUCACAGACGCGGCCCCGUCGUGGAACAUGGAGGCGAUGCCCGUGCCCAGGGUGAUGGGCGACAUGGUGCUGCUCCCCGACGGCGACGUCCUCCUAAUCAACGGCGCGGCCGCCGGGACCGCGGGGUGGGAGCUCGGCCACGAUCCGGUCCUGACCCCCGUCGUCUACCGCCCAGAUGGCGCAGCUGGCGCCCGCUUCGACGUCCAGAGCGGCUCCACGACGCCGCGCCUCUACCACUCGACCGCGGUACUGCUGCGCGACGGCCGGGUGCUUGUCGGCGGCAGCAAUCCCCACGUCAAGUACAACUUCUCCGGAGUGGAGUACCCCACGGAGCUCAGCAUGGAGGCAUUCUCUCCGUCCUACCUGAACUCAGAGAACUCGAGAUUACGUCCACAGAUCCUCACGCCGCCAUCUCCAAUCCAGUUGACCUAUGGUGGACGAUUCAGCUUGCAGUUCUCGGUGGGAGUGGUGAGCGAGGGUGGCAUCAGAGUGACGAUGGUUGCUCCAUCCUUCGCGACGCACUCGUUCUCGAUGAACCAGAGGCUGCUAGUGCUGGAGACCGAGGGUGGCAUGUCUGAGGUGGUGGCGGUAGCGCCGGCGUCGGCCAUUCUGGCGCCACCUGGCUACUAUAUGGUGUACGUCGUGAACGGAGGGGUCCCGAGCGAGGGCAUCUGGGCCCAUAUACAGUAGUGACAUUCGCAACAGGAGACACGGCAAUCAAUACACAGCAACAGUGACGGGUACAAAUUGGGAGGUAACCACGUGAGCAUUGAAGGCUAUGGAGGACACAACGACAGUCCUCUUUCAGCCGCAACACAGGCACUUCUCUCAUCUGAAUGGGUACGGGGUGAAAAUAAUGCGGUACGCUGUCUCACAGGAAUAUUAAAUCUAAUUUUGAGAUUAGAUAAGGAAUUAGUUUAAGAAUUUUAAUAGGAUUAGAUAUCAUUAUUUUAGUUAAAGUCGACCUACUGGUUUAACCCUGUGAUGCAUAAAGUGUUCAAGAAAUACAUAGAAAUACAAAAGA